GUCUGCAGCGCAGACUGAGACAGAAUACAUAUUGGAAAUGUCUCGUCCAAUUGAUGACGUCCUGAAAAUAUAUUACAUGAUUCUCGCUGUCAUUGGAGUUCCUGCUAAUUUACUGGCAAUUGUGAUCCUAUCCCGCAGAAAGUGUGGCCUCUCAACAUGCACAACACGCUAUCUGGUGGCCAUGGCAUUGGCGGAUUUCACAGUCAUUAUGAUAAGCGCUGUACUGUGGUAUAUCAGUUUUUAUUAUUUCCCAGGGACUUUCCUGGAUAUUGCCCCUGUGUGUAGUCUCAAAACUGUCCUGGCUUCUGCAACUACAGAUUGUUCUGUCUGGUUCACUGUCGCUUUCUCCUUUGAUCGAUUUGUGGCCAUUUGUUGCCAGAAGCUGAAAAUGAAAUAUUGCACUGGGAAAACUGCAGCUUUGGUUCUCACAGUGACCUGCAUUCUGCUAUGUUUAAGAAACAUCCCAUACUACUUUACAUUUGAACCACUGAUGAUUAUUGACAAUGUACCGUGGCUCUGUACUGUGAAACCAAGCUAUUACUCUGAUCCCGGAUGGGUGGGAUUUGAUUGGUUUGAUCGGAUUUUAACCCCUUUUCUCCCAUUCACUUUAAUUCUAUUGAUCAAUGCUCUGACAGUCCAACACAUUUUAGUAACUAGUCGAGUACGUAAAGGACUAAGAGGUCAGAGCAAUGGAAAGAAUCCUAGAGACACAGAGAUGGAGAGCAGAAGGAAGUCUGUCAUUUUACUCUUCACCAUAUCGGGCAGCUUCAUUGUCCUGUGGUCAGUGUAUGUUAUCGAAUUCUUGUACUCUAAAAUUAAGGGAACCAGUCCUGAAGAUUACACACUUUCUGAAUUUAUAUUUCAACAAAUUGGAUGGAUGCUGCUCAAUCUAAAUUGUGGCAUAAAUACCUUCAUUUAUGGGUUGACUCAGUCCAAAUUUCGAGAGCAGAUCGAGAACACGUUGAGAUAUCCAGUCACAGCAAUUAUUCAAUUAAUGAAGAAAUAUAGCAGCUGAGACCUGCCAAUCAGAUCACCAAAGCCACCGACUGAUACAAAAGAUAAAUCGACGCGGAUCUCAGAGCACUGGCUAAUCAAGAAGCUGACCUGUUAUACCAGCCUCCUCGGGACAAAGGCUGAACUCUGACCAGUAGCUGGCACUAAUAGUUUGCUAAGGGUGACCCGCCUCCCCUUGCCUAGUUGGUGGAAAUAGUCUGCCUCAGGCAAUCCAAGAA